AUGUCUGCAGAUUUCGAGGACGAUUGUGUGAUUGUUGUUUGGGAUACUGAAACUGGAGUUCCAGUUUCUACUUUAUUCAGCCCACACGGUAACCAAGAAAUGACCGUAGCCAAAAUUAGUCCAAAUGCCAAAUACAUAGUAACUGUUGGGAAUGAACUUCACCAAAAGGUUCAAUUGUGGUUGUGGACAUACGGAAAAGAGAAACCUAAUGCUACUGUAGAGAUAACUGAAUUCCUUUCGGAUAGAAUAAAGAAAAUCGCUUUCAAUGACGAUAUUUCUGAAGAAUUUAUUUUGACUGCUGAUUACAAUGUUGCAUUUUUUAAAUGGGAAGAAGAUGAAUUAAAAUAUCACAUACCAAAAAUAUUGGGCAACAUACGACGAUAUGGAAUCUUUACUUGUUCUUGUUACAUAUCGAGAACGCAGAGAGUAUUAACAGCAACAACAAAUGGAUAUGUUUUGGUAUGGGAUGUUCCUGCUAAGAAAGGAUACAAACCGAAUAAGACUAAUAGUCAGGAUGCAAUUAACAACAAGGAAAAAAGACACAUUAAAUCUGUACAGUUAACGAAAAGCAAUAUUAUGGUGGUAUUACAUCACGAUAGAAUGAUAUUGACGGGGACUGCAGAGGGACGGAUUAGUUUUUAUGACUGCAAUUUAAAGAUACUUUAUUGGUGUAAACACGAACUUUUAGAUUCUAUUCGGUCAAUAAGUUUCGAUCUCGAAUCUGCGUUAUUAGGUCCCGUGGCUACAGUCAGUGAGUCCGAAAUUGACACCGAUGAAGAAGAUGAUUUGGAAUACGAAGGAGAAAUUGAAGAAUAUCCGGAAACCAAGUUAGAAGACACUUGCGUCGAAAAAAUGAAAUAUAUAGAAAAGAUAGAAUCGAUGAAGUAUUGUAGCGAGGUUUCAUUAAUGACAACUAUACAUUUAGAAAAAACCAUCAAGGAUUAUGGUAAGAAACAGAAAUCGUUCAAAGAAAAACUUCACGUGCCUACCGAUGCCACUAUUGAAAAUGCUCCGUUUUAUGUCAAAAAUUUCAUUGUCAUGACUGGAAACGUGCAAGGUUUUAUCUGUUUAUACGAUUAUGAGAAACGUAGACCUAUCUUACGCAGGAAGACUCCAGCUCUUCCAGAUUUCAGUGUAUUAGUGGAGGAACAAGUUAAGUGUGGAAAUAUAGUUUAUAUCACCUGUCCACAGAGCCACGAAAAACUGGUUGCCGUUACGAUAAUAAAAUAUUCGCCAAUGGCUGACUUACUUGUAUGUGGCCUUGAAAAUGGAAUACUUUGGAUGCUGCAUCCUAUCACUCUGGAGCCUAUUGAUCCAAAUCCUUACAAACAUUCGACAGAAUCGAUACUUCAAUUGGCUUUUACAGAGUGUGAAGAAUACAUGGCUUAUGCAGAUAACACAUUGGUAGUAGCAGUAUUUAGUAAAAAUCAUGAUAAUUCGAGUGGUUCUCAUCUAUGGAAUUUCAUUGGAAAAUAUCGUUCUCACUAUGCAACGAUAAGAGAAAUACUUUUUGGACCAGCCACCACUGAAAGUGUCGUAUAUCGAUUAUUUUCUAUGGGAGAAGAUCGGAAUUUAAUUGAGUAUGACCUUAAAAAUAGUGGACCAUAUCCUUUUCCUGGCUUAAAGAUAAUUGGCACUUACAAAAUUGAAUGUGAUGCUAUUCCUCUUUGUCUUACCUGGUAUCCUCAAUUAGGUGUUGAAGGAUUUCUUAUGUAUUCUAACAGCGAAUACAAAUACAGAUUGUUAAAUGAUAUAACGAAAACGAUCCGAGGUACAUUUUUGGGACCGCUUUAUGGUGCACCAGUUAAACAUAUGAAAGUACUAUCUGGCAAAGAAUAUAAAGGUGGUAAAUAUAUGAUAUUUGCAACUAAUAAAGAAAUAGGUAUCCAAAUGCUUCCUUUUGAUGGAAAUCCUUACAAGAGUUUAGGAAUGAUAGGACACCCACGUAAGAUCACUGACAUCUGCAUUAGCUAUGACGGAAACCUCUUAUUUACUUCCGGUUACAAUGAUUCAUGUAUACUAAUAUGGAAAAUAAAAAGCAGGUCUGUUGAAGUAUUAGCCCACUUGGGUGGUAGAGGAAUCGCGCCAUAUUAUUGCUUAUUAGAGGGUGGAAGGAACGGUUGGCUUAUCAAUGAAAUGAAAGAUAUGUUUUAUUAUGCUCAAAUCUUGCAUCAGGGUGAGAAUAUGACAGGUCCCAGAGUAUUAUCUGAGACAGUGAGCACCAAGGAAAUACCAAACCUCAUGCGCGCUGUUGGAUACUACCCUAGCAACGAAGAAAUAGAAAUUCUUAUGGGUGAGAUCUCGUAUAAAAAUUAUGCUGAGACCGGUUACUUGGUCGAAGAAAUCAAAUUCGAAGAUUUCGUGAAGCUUUAUUUAAAUCAUCGUCCGGCUUUUGGGAUAUCUCUGCAAGAAAUAAAAGAUGCCUUUCGAUUCUUUACGAACCCAGAUCAAAUUCCAGUCUUAGACGUGGAAAAUCCAGCCCUAUCUCGAGACCAGUUUAUGAGAAUAUUAUUUGGGGAAGGUCCACAUACGUUUUUGAUGCAAGAUGGUAUACCAUUUGGUUAG